AUGAGUGAAUCACAAUACAAGCUCCAGACCCCAGGCUUCGACGCCAGAUUCCCUCAACAAAACCAAACCAAGCAUUGCUACCAAUCUUACUUGGACUACCACAAGUGUGUUGCUUUGAAGGGAGAAGACUUUGCUCCAUGUAAGGUGUUUUGGUCUACUUUCCAAUCGUUGUGUCCAACCUCGUGGGUCGAAGAAUGGGACGAUCAAAGAAGCAACGGUACUUUCCCAGGUGAUCUGAGUGUUGACAAAUUCCGUAUUGAAGCAUCUUCUUCUGCUCCUUCUUCCGAGUCUCAAGAAUAG